UUUUUUUUUUUUUAUUCCAUACGUCGAGUUAUCUUCAUCAUGGCAAGCUUCGUACAACGGCCCCUGAACCGCGUUCGCAAGCCCGACGCCUACAAGCCCCUUCAUGAACGGUUUGGAGACGUCUCAAUAUCAGCCCCGACUGAAGGAUCAUGGAAUCAACUCGAAAGCCCUCGGCAAUCUACUCACAGAGGUUAUGGUCAUGGCCUCGCCAGGGGCAAUUCUACCAGAUCCUCCCGGGAGAACUACGAUGCAGCCUCUGCUCCGGACAAUACUCCCCCAUCUAGGCAGAACUCCUUUUCCAUGAGCACAUUGAACCCUCGUCGUCUUUCGAUGCGUUUGGCUCCACGGUCACGACAUUCCACCGAGGACCCAAACGAGAAAGAGCAUCUGCACCACCCCGACCGAAGAACCGAGUUUGCCUACAAACCUAUCCAUCAAGACUACUCUACUGAGGUUGCUGAGAAAGCAGCUUCGCGGGUUCAUGAUUCACCUCGAUUUCGAUAUAUCCCUGCCGAUACCCGGGCUGCAGCUGUCUCGACAGGAAGCCACAGAUACUCUGCGAGUUCGCAUCAUAGUAUGCAGUCCAACCACGCCGAGAUUGAGGAGAGGUACAAUCAACCCAGGCGAUACUACCGGGAUUCUCAUCUUGAGGACAAGUACGAUCACUACGUUGAACCCCACGAGAGGUCUCACCGGUCAUCACGGGCGGGAUAUAGAACUAGUGGCGAAUAUAGUGAGUGGGUGAUGGCCGCACAAAUGAACACGACUUCAUCGUCAGAGAAGAAGAGGCUUCGUGCUGCGAGGCGCAUGACUAUGACCAUGGUACCCGAUGCGGAGGACAUUUAUGGAUAAAAGUUUAUGGACUUCUUUUUCUGAGAUUUAUAAUCUUGAUCAUCAUGUCAUGAUGGUGUAUAUAUCUGCGACCGUUAUAGCGCGAUGAGCAUUUUCUGCGUUAGGGCUUUGCAAGGCGUUGGUGGUUGGCUGAAUCACUCCCACGAAUACAC